AACCAACGCGACUGAUCGUUCUAUCUUCCCAUCUCCUCACUUCUUUAAUUGUUUUCUAUUUUCUGCCAGUAGUCAUUACUCUGUUCAUCUGUUCUUCCAUCUUUUCUGUCAUUGAUCUGUAUUCUUACUCUGCUCUUCCAAAUCUAACACCGAUUUUAAUCUUGAAUCUGUGUCUCUAUCCAUUCUGCACUCGGUCCAUCCAACCGUGCAUCCGUCCUCUGUCGCUCCACGCGGUUGAAAAGUAUGCUGGUUUAUUGCGUUGUGCUGCUGUCGUCAUGUCCACUGACUUGUCCGCUCCAUCCGUGAGGAAGAAGUCGUUUGCACGGAGCUCCAAGCCGAGCGUCAGGAUGUGUAUUCGGGAACAGAGGAGUGUCAUAACCAUGUCGUCUCCAGAGGUGUGCUGGCCGGUGCCGAUGCGAGCCAUUGGGGCUCAGAACCUCCUCACCAUGCCAGGAGGAGUUUCCACCGCGGGAUACCUCCAUAAGAAGGGAGGCAGCCAGUUCAGCCUCAUGAAAUGGCCUCUGAGGUACACCAUCAUCCACAAGGGCUGUGUGUACUACUUUAAGAGCAGUACCUCUCCUGCACCACAGGGAGCGUUCUCUCUCAACGGCUACAACAGAGUGAUGAGAGCAGCAGAGGAGACAACGUCCAGUAAUGUGUUUCCUUUCAAGAUCGUCCACUUUAGCAAGAAACACAGGACGUGGUUUUUUUCUGCAGCCAGCGAGGACGAGAGGAGGAAAUGGAUGCGAUACCUGCGGAGGGAGAUAGAUCACUAUAACGACAGAAAUGAGUGCCACAUUCCAAGCGACUCAGAUUCAGAUGCUGACAGUUUCUAUGGCACGAUUGAGAGGCCCAUGGACAUUAAACACCCCGUCGAUAACGCGGAGGACGACUAUGGUGAGGAUGAUGAUGAUGACGAUGAGGAGGACUAUCUGAAACCAGACAGCGACUGCUCGCCGACAUCUACAGGUCGACCCACAGGGCCGCCCCCCUCCUACCCUCCUCCCCCAGUGCCUGCAGCAUUCCAGCUACGUCAAGACUCCAGUCCAAGUUUCCACAAAGGUCCACCUCCUCCCAUCCCACCGCAACACAGAAUCCCAACCAGCGCCCUCCCCAAAAAACCCCUACCCUCUGCCCCUCCUCCCUCCAUACUGAAGGACCCCACCAAAGGCCCGCCUCCUCCUCUCCCCUUCGCCCCCCACCUGCACAACUCCUUGUCUUCCACCCCACCACCUCCUCCUCCCCCCAAUGCCAAGAGAGCUCUGCAGAGCAGGGCCACAUCCGUGGGGGGCCCAAGGGAUGACAAGAGAGACUGGAGGAAUCUGCCAGCCAUAUCAGUCCAAUCCCCCGCCACUCUGCCUAUCUGUGACCAAUUAGAGACCAGGAUGGUCCUAAAUGGUCCCACCCACUGCCCCCUUAAUGCUGUAGGGAGCCAAUCGCUGGGCAACAACCACCACGGGUUGAUGAGCAACCACCGCAGCAAGCCGAGCCCACCGCCUUCUCAUUCUGCAAAUAUUGGCGGGUCCCUCCUUAGAUCUACGAUGUCAAGCUCUCUAUCUCUCAACCAGAUGUCCCUCAGCCACCCACCACCGUCUGGCCAUCCUCCACUCUCUCCUCCACUUAAACCUGGACUGCACAGUAAGCCAGGGGUACCCAAACCUCCUCCACCUACAGUCAAACCCCAGCUGCCUGCAGCCAAGUCCAAGCAGCCAGGAACCCUGCUUCAAAGAGCAUCUCCAGACGGUCAGAGCUUCCGCUCGCUGGGAGACGAGACGCCCGCAGAUUUCAGGAGGAAACGAGACACGGCCAAACACAGCGGAAGAGACGAGUCUGAUGACGACUACGAGAACGUGCAGCUGCCAGACUCUGUGUUCAUUGACACGACUGAAACCAGCUUCGUGGAAAAGUUAUUCAGAGAGAGCUUCGUCCCUCCACAGGACGGACUGUACGGCAUCCGAAAAUCAGGAACCAAAACCUCACAGGUGCUGGUGGUGUGGGAUGUCAGUAUAAGCAAAGCCAGAAACUACCGACUGUUUGAAGAGGAGGACUACAUUUUUCUGGACAGUGAGGUGACCUUCCCCAAUCUGCCAGCUCUGAUCGAACACUACUACAGCCAUCCUCUUCCUCACCACGGCUCGCUCUGCCUGCAGAAGCCCUACACAAAGACAGUGAGCACCUGAGCGACACAGUCAGCUUACAGAGAUACACCUGAGAGAAGAAGGGGGGGUCAGAGACAUCCCUGCAACUGAAAUCUAUCUCAUCAAAGAGAUCAAGUCCCUGUCACAGUAUUUUAAUGCAGAUCAGGGUGGAAAACAAAUAUUUUUCACCUGUUGCUGCAACAUAAAGCUUCAUGUUAAACAGCAAGGACAGUAACCUUUUAAAACUCUGACUGUUAGGACACCAGGUGUUAUGUGUGCAACUUAUAUCGAUCAUAAGGACCUAAAAACGCAUUAGUUAUCAACAGUUAAUGUAAUAUUAUUGAACAUACUAUAAGACAAACUAUCUUAACACAACGAGCCAUCCUAAUCCUCUUUUGUGCACUGAAAACAUCAGUUACUGUACAUACAUGUGAAUUAUUAUUAAGUUAUUACGAAUAUAAUCUUGUUGUAAAAAUCUAGCAAACUUUCUAAUGGAGCAGAAAUCUGUUGAGUUAAUCACACGCCUGCUCUGUUUUUGCAAACUGAACACUGUCUGGCCAGUCAGGUGGGUGGGAUGUGUUUCAGCCACAGGGGGGCGCUGUGACACCAAAUAAUAGCUAAAAAAAAAUGCAUCCAGCUUUGGAUCCAGGCUCAUGUGGGAUCCUGGGAGUCUGUCUUUGUCAUGUGUUCACUGUGGGCCCUUUGUCCCAACGUUCACACUCGCCGUUGUGUGACGGUUUUCAGCUGCCAAGAAAAGUGCCCAAGUGCUUAAGACUGCAAGCGUGGGGAUGUUUAUUAGAUCUCACGGUUGGUUUAGUUUUGUUUUCACAUGAAGGUCUACUAAGUAGAAUCAGUCAUACGGCAUUACAGUUCCAUUGAGAUGACAGUGAAAAACAAACUCACACUCAGAAAUCCAGUAAUCUCCUCUAGAAGCACAGCGACCUACUACAGUAUGUUAAAUGGUUAAUGGGUUUCAUUUAAGAAAUUUUGGAUAUUUGUCAGUCCUGAAAACUGCCAACAACGGGAUUGAUGUGACACUGUGGUGCAUUGUGGGAUAUACUUACCUCUGAAUACUCCUCAGCCAUGCUAGGAUAGUUGUGGGUUAAGUGAACUGCAUGCUGGCAUUUCUUAGGCAUGGAACACACUUGCCCACUACCUGGUGGUGCAUGGCAAGCACUUCAGUGUUAAAGAGCAGGAGUGUGGGUGUUCAGACAGACCUGUUGUCUUUUAUCUUCUCCGAUCUGCCCAGUUUCAGCAGCAAAUGACACAAAGAUGUGUCAUUGCAAACAGAAGCAGCAACGUCUUUCUAUAUUUCACAAGCCCUCAGCCUCUUGUCCACACUUUGUACCUCAAUUAUCUCUGUGUAAUUAACAGGCACAUAGCAAUUAUUUAGCCUGCAAAACACACAAACAUCCUCCUCGUGCAGGUGCAGAGUCCAAAAACUGGAACUGUUAUUUAUGCCAUUUUCACUAAAGGUCCAACAUUUCCAGCUCAAACUGCUUAUUGAGCUUCUCACUUAUCGGCAACAUGCAACAUCAGAUGUCAGACAUGAAAAAGUCUGGUUUAUUUUUGUUUUCAACUGCAAAAAUGUUGAUAUUCUGCAAAUACAAUUUGUACAGCACUGACUUUAAUUUUGUAAAUCACUCAUCAUCAUAUUUAUAUGUAAAUGCUGUAUGUACUGUAAAAAAUAUAUUUGUAAAAAUAUAAAUAUAUUGUUUUCUACAGAAAUAUAUGUAGGAU